GUUGUUAAAAAGACACUUUUUUUUGUUAUCCGCCAAAAUGAGAGAUUUAGAUCUUACACUGGACUACAUGGAAAAUGCGCGCUUUAACUAUAUUUACGGUCCCAUUAUCGCACACUUGGACACGGCUUUUACGAACACCGAAUUACUCUGCUUGUCAAUGAUCUAUCACAAGUUCGCACUAAUGAAUGGACCACGGGCCAAGUAUAUCACUCAGAUGCAAUUGGGCAAUAUACUGGAACAUAUGUUUAAUGUUUCGGAUCGUGAUUUUAAUGUGGCCAUUGUAUCAAGGAUUAGCUUCGAUCCGGAAUGUGUGGAUCCGAAAUACACGGCCGAUGGUCAUGUCAGUUUGUCCAGUUUUAUUCGAAUGUUUACCAUCUAUUUCUCAAAAGAUCUGGAGAAACGCAUGAAUUUCGUCUUUGGCAUCUACGACGAACACGAUCGUGGGUACUUGGAUCGCGAGCAAGUGGUGAAAUACGUGAAUAAGUUCUUCUACAGUGAUGACGAGGAUGAAGUUCAAGAAUUACGCGCAGAUAUGGUUGAAAUGAUAUUUUCCAAAUUCGAUUUGGAUAAGGAUAUGCUCAUCUCGAUGGACGAAUAUAUGGAUGUUGUGCGCAAGCAACCAAUGAUGAUGGAAUUUCUGGGCAGAAUAUUUCCAACGGAGAGUCAAUUGGAUACCGUUAGCCAUUGUGUAAACCUCUUAUCCUAAAACCGAUUCAAUUCAGGUCAAGUAACGUUCAUCUUCUGUGCUGAAAAGUGAAAAAGUGAUCAUGUUCUACAAGAAUGAAACACUCUUUCACUUUUGAGCACAGAAGUUUGUAUAAAAGAUUAAAAAAAAAAAAAAGGCAUAAAUAAAAUUAUCUAGUACAUUUUAUACAGCA